AUGAAGCCCAAGUUGAGGAAAGGCGAGUACGGGCAGGCCAUAGUGGACGGCGUGCACGCCACUGUCAAGAUUGUUAGCGGCAUGGAGGUUCAGCCAGUGGAGGAAAACUCAUCGGGGUCUUUCUUUGUGGUCAUCUUCUUCUUCGUUGGGGCGUCCUUUGUCGCCAUGAUUGCUAUACUCUGGCCGCAUCUUCACGCCGUGUUUGCUGGGAAGGCCCGCAGAAAUCAGAAGUUCAAGCAAUGUAAGGAGGCGCUCGAGAACAUCGAUAAGGACCGCGCUUGUGCGGAGAACAACCAGUUUGUUGCCACCAGUUGUCCUAUUUGUCUGAAUGACUUUAAGCAGUCGAGAGAUGAGGAUAACGAGGACACGGAAGAAGAGGAAGCCCAGCCGCUUGUGGAAAUUGAUACGAAUGGGCCGAAAUCAACCAAUGUGGGGAGCUCUGAGCAUAACGUCAAGUAUGUUUCAACCGGAAAUGGCCUUCGUACUGCAAACGCAGGCACGGGCACCACGGAGCAAGACGUCACAAGUGAGGGGGAAGAUGCUGUCAAGAUUCUUCCGUGCGGGCAUAAGUUCCACGAGAGAUGCAUUUUACAAUGGUUUGCUACUCCACAGCGAAUUAACUCACAGUGUCCUAUCUGCAGACAAUCGGUCCUGGAGCCGAAAACAGUCGAGUCCCGAACGAACAACGGUCAACCCAGUGGCUGGGAUGUUUAUGAAUCGGAGUAUUUUUUCCGCAUGAGAAGGGCUCAUCAUUAUUACAGCGAUUUUAUCAGACUCGACAUGAUGAACGACUGGAACUCACGUCGACGCGAUCAAGAGCCCAUGACUACAAGUCCGGAACUGACGCGGUUGGAUCCGGCUGCUGUCACUGAGGCGCGGCGGUGGAGCUGA